UAACGGUAGAAACCGUCAACAUCAACAUUAAUGUAAGGGGAAAGGAUCCAGGAGAAUGAAUGGUUGCUUUCAAAUACUCUAGACCUUUCCUCUUCUAUCAGAAAUUCCAUUUCCUCCGCUAUAAAUGCGAUUCUGUUCACCACUUCCCACAUGAUAGAAAGUGUUCUUGAUCAAGUAUUCUGCUACCACCACCAGCAUAUCAAUCCCUCCUCCAUAUUUAAGAAUAAGAUAAAAUACCGGAUAUAACAAAACUUAGAGAUGGAGGAAGCACAGGUGCACGUGUGGGAAGGGUAUGUAGAUUGGAGGAACAGACCAGCCAUAAGAGGACAUCAUGGUGGCAUGCUUGCCGCUUCCUUUGUUUUGGCCGCUGAGGUAUUGGAGAACCUUGCAUAUCUUGCCAAUGCAAGCAACCUUGUUUUAUAUCUAUCCAAGUUUAUGCACUUUUCACCAUCCACCGCUGCCAACAUUGUCACUGACUUCAUGGGAACAUCCUUCCUCCUUGCUGUUCUUGGUGGGUUUCUGGCUGAUGCAUUUAUCACCACUUAUUCCAUCUAUCUCAUAAGUGCUGCAAUAGAAUUCAUGGGUUUAUUAAUGCUGACAAUACAAGCUCACAAGCCAUCACUGGAGCCACCACACUGUGUUAUGGGAAAGACCCACAGUCCAUGCCAUAACAUUCAUGGUGGGGACGCAGUUAUGCUAUUUGCAGGCCUCUAUCUAGUGGCUCUUGGCGUAGGAGGUAUAAAAGGUUCACUUCCUCCUCAUGGAGCUGAGCAGUUUGAUGAGAAUACCCCAGAGGGAAGGAAGCAGAGAUCUUCAUUUUUCAAUUACUUUGUUUUCAGCCUGUCAUGUGGUGCAUUAAUUGCAGUAACUUUUGUGGUAUGGAUUGAAGACAACAAGGGAUGGCAGUGGGGUUUAGGAGUCUCAACUGCAUCAAUACUUCUCUCCAUUCCAGUGUUUCUUCUUGGUUCACACAAGUACAGGACCAAGAUUCCAGCAGGAAGCCCCAUCACAUCCAUGUUCAAGGUUCUCGUUGCAGCAAUUUGCAACAACUGCAAAGCCAGGAAUUCAAGCAAUGCUGUCAUAAGCAUGCCCACAAGUCCAUCCCAUGAAACUGAAAGGGAUGAUGGAGGAGAAAAAAUUAACACUAGAAAAGAGGUGGUAGACCAAAGCCAAACUCUAACUUCAAACCUUAAAUUCCUUAACAAAGCAAUGAUGGAACCGGUUCACCCAAUGUUAGAGUGCACAGUUAAGGAAGUGGAAGAGGUGAAGAUUGUGAUAAAGAUUCUUCCCAUAUUCAUGUCCACCAUAAUGCUAAACUGCUGCCUAGCUCAGCUAUCAACCUUCUCAGUCCACCAAUCAGCCACCAUGAACACCAUGCUUGGUUCCUUCAAGGUCCCACCAGCUUCUCUUCCUGUGUUCCCUGUCCUCUUCAUCAUGAUCAUUGCCCCACUCUACAACGACAUCAUUCUUCCAUUUGCUAGAAAAGCCACCAAAACCGAAAUGGGGAUCACACACCUACAAAGAAUAGGGACAGGCCUGUUUCUCUCCAUUGUGGCAAUGGCUGUGGCAGCUUUGGUGGAAACCAAGAGAAAGAAAACAGCUUCUAAACUUGGUUUACUAGACUCAACCAAACCCCUUCCCAUAACAUUCCUUUGGGUGGCUUUGCAGUACAUUUUUCUUGGCUCAGCUGAUCUUUUCACCUUGGCUGGCAUGAUGGAGUUCUUCUUCACAGAGGCACCAUGGAGCAUGAGGUCUUUGGCCACAGCACUUUCAUGGGCCUCACUGGCCAUGGGGUACUUCCUCAGCUCAGUUCUUGUGUCCGUCAUCAAUAAGGCCACAGGAGCUUUUGGACACACACCAUGGCUCUUAGGUGCCAACUUGAAUCACUAUCACCUUGAGAGGUUUUACUGGUUGAUGUGUGUGCUUAGUGGACUCAACUUCAUUCAUUUUCUCUUCUGGGCCACUUCCUACAAAUAUAGAUAUUCAACAAAGCAUGGAUUCUAGAAUGGAACAAACCUACGUAGUACGUACAAAUGUGUACUACUUCUUCUUGUAACUUAAUAAUUAACCGCCCUAAGCCUUUCGUAGUCUCAUAUAUGAUGAAAUAACGAGUGAGGUAGAGUGACCCCUUACUCAACCUCAUUUACCUGC